UAUGGAACUAGGAUGCACUCAGACAUUUAUACACACUUCUGUCACCGGAUAUUGUAUACGUGCGGGUUUUCGUCCGAUACUCUUCAUUUGCGCUUUUGUUUUUCUUCAUAGUGGUAGUUCUGUGGUAUUACAUCAGUGUUUAUCAUGUUUGUUGUGUCUGUGAUAGUGUUUGUUAAUGUUGCCGUUAUUCAACUGCUACAGAUUCCUACAGCUGAAAGCUUCUUCCUCAAUAGACGUUUUCCUGGGACGUUAAUUACUUUAGAUAUACCGCACAAUAAUGGAGCUACCAAUCUUACGGUCCAAGAAUUCACCAAUUCUCGCGAACCCAUAUCGAACAACAAUGCUGACCAGACGAAUAAUAAACCGGUGACAGGGACGAGUAAUUCGAAGUGUCCCAGUUGUGUUUGUGGAAUUGUUAAUCGAAAAUCCAGAAUUGUUGGAGGAGUAGCCGCCGAACAAAAUGAAUUUCCAUGGAUGGUGGCUUUGAGCAGAAAAGGCAAAUUUUACUGCGGAGCUACAGUCAUCACCAAACAACAUCUAUUAACCGCUGCACAUUGUGUGGAUGGGUUCACUGCCAAAGAAAUCAAAGCAUCUUUGGGCGAAUACAAUCGCGCCCUGAAAAACGAAACGAACAAAGUACUGAUCCGAAUCAAGGAGAUAAUUCGACACCCAGAAUUCCAAAUUUCCAAUUUCAAGAACGACAUCGCAAUUUUAAAAUUAGACAGUCCGAUAUCGUUCAAUACCCCUCAAAUUCAACCAGCAUGCCUACCAAGUUCUGAGAAUCGAAAUUACACCGGUCUCAUUGCCACCGUUUCCGGAUGGGGUAAAACUGGCGAAUCGAAGCCCCCUUCGAACGAGAUGCGUAAAGUAGACGUUCCUAUCAUGUCGGUUGAAGAUUGUAGGAAGAAUUCUGGUUACAUGCCAUCUAGAAUAACUGAUAACAUGAUGUGCGCUGGAUAUAAUACCGGACAAAAAGAUUCCUGUCAGGGUGACAGUGGCGGACCAUUACAAAUUGAAGGUGCUAGACCCGGUACAAUGGAAGUUGUUGGUAUUGUCUCCUGGGGUCGUGGCUGUGCUCGUCCAAAUUUCCCCGGUGUGUAUACUCGAAUUGAAAGAUACAUGGAUUGGGUAGAUGACAAUAUAGGCGAAGAAUGUUCGUGCAAAGGUUAAAAUCACACUCGAAAAGUGAUUAUAGGUAGAUACUUUGUUAACACGCAAUGAUCCUCAUUAGAUUAUGUAUUUAAAAAAUGUCGGAAGAGAAUUUACGUUUGAAUAAUGAUCGGAUAUACUUUCAUGGGAUAAGUUUAAGUUAUUUCAUGUUACCAAUAAGAAUGAAAUUUUUGUGUUAUGUUUACGUAGAUAGGUAAAUGAAAAUGUGUUCAAUUUAGUUAAUUGAAAAGCCCAUAAUGCGUACUUUUUGUUUUUAGGUUUUACCAAGUACCCAUUGUGUAUUUUUGUUUUUGUUUCGUUGUAUGAUAUGUAGUUGCAAAAUUUUAAUUUAUUAUUUAUUUCUAGUUUAAAUACUUCAAAUGUUGUUAGGGAAUUUUGUUGUUGUUUUGUUUUAAUUUAUUGUUUAUGUAGCCAGAGUAUGCGUUUUGUUACCUUCGAUUUUAGUGAGAAAAAAGAGAAGGGACCUCCUACGAGUAUUGAGUAGUAUUUUGAAAAAUACAUGAUUUUAAUAAUA